ACACGUGGUUUCAUUUCUAGACAUUUCCGAGGUCAGGGACUUUGAGGGAGAGAGAAACUCAGCUGCAGAUUAAAUAUGGCCUCUGCUUUGAAAAAAUUCUUGCCUUUGUUUGACCGAGUCCUGGUGGAGAGGUUUGCACCAGAAUUGAAAACAAAAGGAGGGAUCAUGCUGCCAGAGAAAUCCCAAGGGAAGGUGCUUCAGGCCACUGUGGUCGCAACAGGAAAUGGGGUCAGGGACCAGCAAGGCAACAUUGUUCCCAUCAGUGUCCAGGUGGGCGAUCAAGUUCUUUUACCUGAGUACGGAGGCACUAAAGUCAUCCUUGAUGAAAAAGAGUACUUUUUAUUUCGGGAUGGAGAUAUCCUGGGAAAAUUUGACUCAUAGAAAAGUUCUAUAUCAACACUGAGUAUAUCUGAAGAAAGAUGUGAGUGAAAAUUGAAUUCAGACAGACAUUAAUAUUGUAUGUUGACCAUGCUGAGUGCAAAAGGGAGACAACUUGUCUACAAUAAUCUGUGAACUGAUAUUGUGUUCUUCAUCAAGAGAAACUUAGAGAUAGAUCACAGAUCAGUGUAUAUUGUAGGUGAAAAAUAACGGACAUCAUCUGUUUUGAUAUUGAAUGUUUUUAUUUUUACCACAGACUGCAUUAAUCUCAUAAAUCAUGUUUGUUGUGAAUGUGUAUACUGUGAUUUCAUAUUAGAUGAUAUAAAAUAAUGAAGUUAGAGAA